AUGUCUGGCGAGUCGAAUUACCAGUCAUGGACCAAAAACGGUCUUAUCCAAAAAGUCAAGGAACUUGAGGCUGAACUGAGAAAUCGCCCUGCUCCAGAGCCAAAACCUCAAACUAAGAAUCAAUCUCAAAAUGAAGAGAAUGGCAAGGCAAAGUCGACGAUGCCAAAGGUGAAAAGAAAGAUGGAUCCUAACAAGUAUUCAACUCGAUUUAUUGCCCUGAAACUGGCCUACUUGGGCAAGGAUUACGGCGGAUUCGAGUUUCAGGCUAUGGCCAACGCUCCAUCUAUCGAGGAGGAACUGUGGAAUGCCCUUACAAAGGCUUGUCUAAUAUUCCCCCAAGAUGAGCGAGUUGUGGACUUUGACUGCUGCGAGUAUUCAAAGUGUGGUCGCACAGAUAAAGGUGUUAGUGCUUUUGGUCAGGUCAUUGGCCUUCGGGUCAGAAGUAACAGACCUGUACCAAAGAAGAAACAGCAGCGUCUGAGUGAAUCCGGCGAGGCGAUGGUUGUCGAUGGACAACCUGGAGAGCCUGUAGAAGGGGAAGAAGAGGUGGAUGAUACGCCGCCUUUCGACGAUAUCAAGGACGAGCUUCAGUAUCCUCGACUGCUCAACCGUGUUCUACCCCCUGAUAUUCGCAUCCUUGCAUGGUGCCCCUCUCCGCCUCCAGACUUCUCAGCUCGUUUCUCAUGCCGCGAGCGUCAGUACCGUUACUUCUUCACACAACCUGCCUUCACUCCAGAGCCCAAUGCUGGCGGUGCUAAGAACGGUUGGCUGGAUAUCGAGGCGAUGCGCGACGCGGCCAAGCGCUACGAGGGCGAGCAUGACUUCCGCAACUUUUGCAAGAUCGACCCUGGAAAGCAGAUCACAAAUUUUGUGCGCACUAUCUACGAAGCUGAUAUCGAAGAGGUUCGUGACGUGAGCUCAGCUUUGCCUUACCUCUCCGGGUCGCGGUUUGCCCCAGCCGGAGGCCUACCAUCUGACGGUACUGUGUAUCCAAAGGUGUAUUCCUUCAACGUUCGAGGCUCUGCCUUCUUGUGGCAUCAGAUUCGCCACAUGGUUGCUGUUCUCUUCCUAGCAGCUCAGCGGCUGGAGAAGCCAGAGGUCGUGACGACCUUACUUAACGUUACUGCUACCCCGUGCAAGCCCAACUAUGUCAUGGCCGACGAGGUGCCCCUGGUGCUCUGGGAUUGCAUCUUCCCUGGCCCCAACUCUGCCCCUGUUGAUCCCAUGGCCAGAAAGACGGAUGAGCUCAACUGGGUAUAUCUUGCAGACGAUCCUGCACUGAGUAAGCCAGGUCCCUUUAGUGUCAUGGACGGAAUGUGGGCAUACUGGCGAGAGCGUAAGCUGGAUGAGCUACUCUCAAACCAGCUUCUGCAACUUGUCUCAACACAGCGCAGCAAGGAUCCCUCACGUCAAGUCGCUCGGCCUGAGGUCACAGGAAAACAGGCUACGAGUGUUGUUGUCUACGAAGGCGGUAAUGUAGGUCGCAUGGGUGGUCGUUACGUGCCGCUGUUGAAAAAGGAUAAACUGCAAUCCCCUGAGGAGCAAAAUGAAAGAUAUGCUAUCAGGAAAGGGUAUGCUAGUUCGGAGGAUAUGAGAACACAGAAGGGAAUGGGGAAGCGAAAGGCGGACGAGGCCAUGGAUGAGUAG